GCACGUGUGUUGUUGAGUAAAAUAAUGGCAGAAAUUAAAUUUACUGGUGACCAAGAUGAGCAAUUGGUAAAAAUAGUAGCAGAAAACCGACUACUGUUCGAUCCUGAGGUCGAGUCAUACAAGGAUGGGAAUAUUCGUGAUAACGUCUGGAAGGCUAUAGCUGGGAAGUUAAACAAAAGUGAUGGAGACUGUAAAAAACGGUGGAAGUAUAUACGGGAUUCAUACAAUCGAUUUAAACGCAAAAGAAAUAUGUCAACCGGAUCAGCUUCACCACCAAAAAAUUCUAAGUGGGAUUUUUUCAAGAGACUCCAAUUCUUAGAACUGGUUUCAACAGAAAGACCUACUGCAUCUAAUGUUGAUUCAGAUUCAGCAGUCCCGUCAACUUCAAAUUCACCGGCAAACAUGGAUAUGCAAGAAGCAACAUCAGUGACAAGUGGGAUGUCCAACCCAAGUACAUCUGAGGUAUGA